AUGUCCACACCCUCAAUCCCCAUAACCCUCACCCUCUCACCCUCCAACCCAACCCGGCACGGCACCACCACCCUGACCCUAACAUCAACCCUCUCACAAACCUACCCCAUCACAAUCUGCACUUGGAAACCCCUCUUCGCCACAAACCUCUCCCAAUCAACAACUUUCACCUGCACCAACCUCAGCACCAACACGCCCAAUAAUAGAUGGUUCACGACUCUCGAGCCACGAGUACCAGUGGAGUUUACGUUGAGCUUUCAUCUUCCAGUUCUGAGGGGAGAUGUGGAGGGAGUGAAGCCGGGUGAACGGUUCAGGUUCAGGUUUGGGAUCGAGGCGGGAGAGUCCAUUAGAGAGUGGUGGGAGGGACGGAGGGAGGAGGUGCUGGCGCCGCCUGGGGAGUAUCGAGAGUUGGGAAGGCCGAGUGGGGCGCCGAUGUGGGUGGAAAGAGGGAAUGAUGCUGAGUUUGAGGUCUUGGAGCCUUGA